CGCCCCCGCCCCCGUCCCGAGGCCUUUUGCCGGCUCUUGGCCUCGAAUGCCUACGUCACUGCGAGCCUGCUCCGCUGCGAUGUUGAUACGUUGCCUAGCAACUUCGCGGAGCACCUUUGGAAGCCUGUUGCAGCUGCAGAAUACGGUCCUGCCCCCCCUUUCUGCCCCUUCCCUCCCCCAAACUCCCUCUUCACCUUGGAGCUGACAAACAGCUGGAAGUGGGAGCAAACCCGGGCAGGACCUGGAGGGUUUAAUUUAUUACCAUUACAAUUCCGUUUUUACUCUCCAUAACCCCACUCCGGCUGUGACCCUCCCUCCCUCCCUCCCCUCCACCUCCCAGUCAUUCGUAAAGCACUGGAUGUGGGAACAAGACAUUUCCUAGGAAGAUGGUGGCAGAAAAAGAGACCCUGAACCUAAAUAAAAAUCCAGAGAAGAUGAUGAAGAGGACCAAACUCCAGCCGCAACAGCCACUCCCGGUGCACCAGCCGCACUCCCUGGUUUCUGACGGCUUCACUGUCAAAGCCAUGAUGAAAAAUUCAGUCGUGAGAGGCCCUCCAACUGCAGGAGCAUUUAAAGAACGACCAACAAAACCCACCGCCUUUCGAAAGUUUUAUGAACGAGGAGACUUCCCAAUUGCCCUUGAGCAUGACUCCAAAGGAAACAAAAUAGCCUGGAAGGUAGAGAUUGAAAAGCUGGAUUACCAUCAUUAUCUGCCUCUGUUUUUUGAUGGGCUUUGUGAGAUGACAUUUCCCUAUGAGUUUUUUGCUCGACAAGGAAUUCAUGACAUGCUGGAACAUGGGGGAAACAAGAUACUUCCUGUCAUUCCACAGCUCAUUAUUCCAAUAAAAAAUGCAUUGAAUCUCCGUAACCGGCAGGUCAUCUGUGUCACACUCAAAGUCCUUCAGCAUCUGGUUGUUUCAGCUGACAUGGUGGGUGAAGCUUUAGUGCCCUACUAUCGACAAAUUCUCCCCAUCCUAAACAUCUUUAAGAAUAUGAAUGUUAACUCUGGAGAUGGCAUUGACUAUAGCCAACAGAAGAGAGUAAACAUUGGAGACUUGAUCCAAGAGACACUGGAAGCAUUUGAGCGCUUUGGAGGAGAAGACGCUUUUAUAAACAUUAAAUAUAUGGUCCCCACCUAUGAAUCAUGCUUGUUAAACUAACAGAUAGAACAGCUGUGUUAAUGGGGAAGAUUCCAUUUGUGUUCUAAUCAUCUAUCUCUGACAUUGUUCAACAUCUUGUUAUUUAUGGCUCCUUUUUCUACAGCUGCUAAAAUAGUGGUUUCUGGGCCAUUAGACUGUUAUCACUGUUGUGAACAAGGCUUUCCAAUACAUAAAUAGUGCCUGUUUCUUAGAUUACAAUGGUGUACUGUGCUUAUUUGUUCCAGGGAAGAAUCACUCCUUUAUACAGCGCUGACUGAAGCAGGAGUCCAAGCUAGACCUUCAGUUGUAUAGACAAUAAAACGAUAAUUUUUAUACUCAA